CUGCUGAAUUCCGGCCUGCUGGUGGCCUUGGUAGGAUGAAAAGAUACCGGAAUUUGCCCUGGUGCUGACAAGCUGCGUCCUUGUCGGCAUCAGGCUGAGAUGCGUACGCUUUCUGUGCUCAAAACGUAACUGACCACCCAAUUUUUCCCUAUUGCAGUCAUACCUCGCUGGGUUUAAUCAAUGAAUUCCGAGCUUUUCUUCAAUCUUCUUUCAAGCGCAAACUUCUCGACGUCUUUGGGAUCAUCUUUUCGUUGUUGCGAUGGCACUGCCAAUCCCUACAACUGCAUACAUGUCCAUUAAUCCCCUGGAGCCAGUCCUUGUCUUUCGAAGCGGUGCGGAAGCGAGGUUGUACCAAAACCACUAUAACAGCUUAGCACGUAUCUACCGAGAUCGCCCACAUUGUGUUUAUCUUCCAAUCCCACCAGGUCUUGAGUGUGUUCGUACGUCAAGGCGAGGAGAUGUUGCUUUCGAAUUCAAGACAGCCACUCAGGCCAAAGACUUUGAGCGUGUGAUUCAAGUGGGUCGAAUGUACUCUUUGGAUACCAUCAGCAACGAUCGCUAUGCGCGGACUGUUUACGUUGGCGAGUUACUCGUUUGACACGAUGAGCGCUCGGCUUGGUGUAUGAUGGGCUACAGUUUCUCAACACCAGCUUGAGCUGCUAAACCUUGGUUUGCACGAUCUCAAUUCUAAAUUUUGUUUCCUUUCGAAAGUCCUGAUACUAGUUCGGACAACUUGAGCCUGAAAAUCUUCUGCCUUUUUCUCUCUCUUCGAUUUUCUGCUUUAUCUUAUCUUCGGCGAGCUUUCAACCUCUUGUUACGAGAUCGGCUGGCGGGAAUUCAUGCAGCAUCCCGCCGAUUCUCGCGCGACUAGUGCACACCUACCCAUAUGAGCUAGGCCUAUCACGCGCAGUGGAGCUCAUUUGGUAAUGUAGUUGAUAGCGAAACGUACGCACUAUCUCUACUUUGAUCAGAUCAAGCUUUAUUUCGUUUGUUUAGAUGGUUGGUCGUAAACGAAGCAGCACCUCAUCAUAUCCGUAGUUAUAUUUCACGCACAAUCAGGCACCUAAGGGACGGUUCAAGUGCCAGAUCAAGGGCUGUAGCAAAAGCAGCUUUGUAAUCCCAAUUCCUCUCAGAGCGCUUACAUGAUGCCGGCGCCAUUCAAGCAACUGUCAACAUGGCAGGAAACUGCGCGACAAAUGCAAGAGCAUAGAGAUGUCACGAUCGCAGCGAUUGAACCAAAACUGCCACCGCUGCCUGCUGAGCUACCGUUAAAUGUCACCACGGUUCCCAAGCAGAUUUUAACAGAACGGGAAAUUGAACUGACCGAGAGUUCACCGGAAUAUCUAAUCAAUGCCUUGGCUGCUGGUUUUGUGUCCUCAAAAGAAGUAACGAACGCGUUUCUUAGAAGAGCGGCCUUGGCACAACAGCUGGUCAACUGCGUGACAGAACUGUUGCCCGAAAAGGCUUUGAAACGAGCCGCUGAGCUCGAUGAGUACUAUGCUGAACACAAGAAGCCGAUUGGCCCACUUCACGGGUUACCGAUCAGCGUCAAGGAGCACAUCGGUAUGAAGGGCUUGGAUUUGAAUGCCGGAUUCGUCGGCUGGGUCGGAAAUGUAGGAAAAGAUGAUGCCUUGAUUCUCAAGCUUCUAUGGAAUGCGGGAGCUGUCUUUUACGUGCGAACAACACAACCGCAAACGCUCAUGCACCUCGAAACAUCCAGCAACCUGUAUGGAGAGACGGUGAACCCAUAUAACCGCAAACUCACUUGUGGUGGCUCCUCUGGUGGCGAAGGAGCGCUCAUUGGCAUCAAGGGCAGCUGCUUAGGCAUAGGAACGGACAUCGGAGGCUCGAUUCGUAAUCCGUGUGCGAACAAUGGAUUGUACGGCCUUAAGCCCACGACAAAACGGCUGCCAAAUCUAGGCUGUCAUGCGACGAUGCUGAACCAGGAGCAUAUAGUCCCGACCAUCGGUCCUAUGACCACAAGCCUGGAAGGGGUGAAGAUUUUCAUGAAGACCUUGAUUGAUGCAAAGCCAUGGCUUUAUCAGUCGGCUUUGCUGCCCUUCCCUUGGCGCGGUGACGAAGACCUCCUUCCCAAAGUCGAUGGCAAGACGAAGCUAAAGGUUGCAAUCAUGUGGGACGACGGCGUCGUCAAACCCCACCCGCCUAUCUUGCGAGCUCUGAAAACAGUAUCCGAGGCCCUCAAGCCCGUUCCGGAGAUCGAGCUGGUGGACUGGACCCCUCUCAAACACGACUACGCAUGGUCCAUCAUCGCCUCGUUGUACUUCGCCGACGGUGCCGCCGAAGAAAAGGCCGCCAUCGCUCUCACCGGCGAACCGCGACGUCCGCUCACGGACUUCAUCAUCACGGACAACGAGUUCGUGAAGCCCUUGUCCAUAGCCGAGAUGUGGGAGUGGACGGGGAAGCGGGACGAGUACCGCGACGAGUACGCGAGGCACUGGAACGACACCGCGACGGGAAAGGACGAGUUCGGGGCUCCCACGGGCUGUGUGGACGUCAUCCUGUGUCCAACCGGACCAGGUGCCGCCCCGCCGCUUAACUGUGCCAGAUAUUGGGGCUACACGUCGCAGUGGAAUUUGCUCGACUACCCGGGCUUGGUCUUCCCCGUCACGCAGGUCGACCCAGCAGUCGAUACCAAGGAGGAGGGAUACCAGCCGCGCAAUGACAAGGACAAGUACAAUUACGAACUCUAUGAGCCAGAGAUGUACCGCGAUGCUCCCGUCAGUUUGCAGCUCGUUGGUCGGCGUUAUGAGGACGAGAAGGUCAUUCAGGCUCUUGAGUUGAUUCAGCUGCAUGUUCCAGGUUUGAGAAAAGGGGGGAAAUAGGCUGCCACUCUUAGACCAAGUAGCAAGCACACCGUAGGCAAGCAAAGUAACAACCACUUGUAUUCGGCCUUCCAAUCUCUACCAGAGCAGGACAUGUGGCUUUGCCCAGAUGCUGAUAUAUUACACGCGUAGACACGCACAUAGGUUACCAAGGCCCAGGGUCUAAAAAAACAGCCCUCGAAGAAGAAAUAGCAAACUCCUUAUCAAAUAAAGCAAUGGCUGAAGGAGCGGAUGCUAGAUAAGACAAAUGCCGAAGUUUGUUUUUCG